UGUAGCCUACGUUGCCGUAUAUAAAACUAUUGAUUUUGAAAGAACAACCUAUCCCAAACAUGUAAAUUAAUGUUUUGAGGUUUGUCUUUUUACCAAAAAUGUACUUUUACUGAAACAUUUGAGCUAAUUUGAGAAUUAUUGUAGGCCUACAGCCAAGAAAUUGUCUGGCACAUAAUCCCCCAUAAAACCACAACAUGUCAUUUUUACGCUUCAGAUUUUGUGGGACUUAAACAUACAAGAUAUAACGUGUUAAUUAAUGAGUUUUAGAGGUCCUGGUAGGUGGAUUUUGUUAAAGGACCCGAUGCAGGCAGCCAAAGAGCCCACUCAAGAAGGCCUCAAGAGAAGCCACCUAAACAUCGGGGUUCUUGAGGAGUUUGCCCAAAAUAUGUCCGAGAACAUAAUCCAGUCAUUUAUAAGCCAGAUGGAAACGGUGGAACUGGAGAUGGACUGCCAGGCGUCCAGAAAUCAGGAGGUGUUAGCUGAAGAGUUAGCCUCCGCAGUGAUUGAGGUCGCUCUGAGGGAAGUGUCAGAGAGGUCAGCUGGAGUAAAGAUGGACGGUGGACAGGAGAUGGAUCCAGGCAAAGAAAUCCAGACUUCCAAAGACGCCAACCCCUGUCACCCAUCUCUGUUCCAGUCAGGGCUCCCCGUGGUGGGAUCCCUCGACUACCCCGACGCCCCUCCGACCACUCCUGUCCUCCCUGAGCUUGAGAGGAGCAGACACAGUUUCUCCAGGAAGCUGAAAGGAGGCUUGGCGACGGUUUUCCUGCCUUCGCCUCCUCCGCCGACCCCAAAGGACAAAGAGGACGGAGCUGCCAGCGACCCCCAGGUGGAGCUAAUGGAGCAUCUAAUGCACUCGCUGACCACAGAUGAUUUGGAGAGAGACUAUUUUGAAGUAGGAUCUCACCACGGAGCCAAGAUGGAGGCUUUCGCGGAGGCUCUUUCACGUGACAUCAUCGACUGGGUCUUGAGUGAUGAACACAUAGAGCAGAUAGCCGACGACAGCAAUCUUCAUCUACUGGCUCACCAACUUGCUGAAACCAUCAUCACCUCCUCCCUCCAUGAAGCCAAAAUGCUUGUCUAGUAUCUCAGUGGGAUCAUAUUUGUGAAGACUGGCAUGUACUGAUAUCGUUACCUCCAGGCUGACUGCCACUGCCUGACAUUCUCGUUGAAAUGUGGUUUACUACAAUAAUACUGUUCUGUACUCCAAUUUUUUGACGGUUUAUUUCUCAAUAAAGUUCGGUUAAAGUUUAUCCAGAUCAAGAGUUUGAUUGUGAAAUAUGACCUAUUUUAUGCAAAAAGUGACCUGCGAUCCAACAAAAAGAUGGUGGACUCGUAGUCAAAACUAAAUCUGGCUCUUUUAAUGACACAUAUAUCCUGGAAGUUAUAUAAUUUAGAAGCUGGCUAAGGUAACGGUGGAUAAAAAGUGCAUUGGCAGGAAAACUCCCAUGGUUUUUGAAUGCAUUUUUGACUGGGAUCCAACUGCAAUAACCAUAAAUGUCCUGUAGAUGUCAUCACAGGAGCAAUGCUCAUUCAGCAUGAGGUCAGUGAGGUCAACCUGAGGGAUUACCUGACAACUAUUAAAAUUAAAUCAGUUUUGGGGGGAAAAAAAUCUGUUUUGCUCUAAAUAUGCAUGAAGGAUUGUUGAAGCUUUAUUUGUUUCUGUACGUUGUUGAUAACUUGAGUUGUUUGUCUUGAUUUUACUUCAUUAAUCAAUACUUAUAUUGUCAAUACAAUGAAUAAAGACUAUAUUUUUUAAUA